AUGGCUGGAAAAAAAUGGUUUGAUAGCUUUAUGAGUCGCCAUCCACAACUUUCCUUGAGACAACCAGAAUCAACUUCGAUGAUACGGUGUAAAGGUUUCAACAGAAGCAAUGUUCAGGAGUUUUUCAAUAUUUUAGAAAAACUUGUUCAAGAUCAUGCUUUGACUGCUACAAAAAUAUACAAUGUCGACGAAACGGGUUUUUCUACCGUACAAAAAAGAUGUCAGGAAGUGCUGGCUAAAAAAGGAAAAUUCCAGGUUGGUGUCGUAGCUAGCGGCGAAAGAGGUGUGAAUACUACAUUCGUAUGCUGCGCAAGUGCUGCAGGUCAAUACCUGGCACCAAUGGUAAUUUUCAAGAGGAAAAUGAUGGCGCCAGAGCUGGCAGAUGAAGCUCCCCCAGGAUCACUGGUCGAAAUAUCGGAUACUGGUUACAUUAACGCCGAUUUGUCUGUUACUUGGUUAAAACAUUCCAUUGCUGAAGUUAAACCUUCAAAAGAGGAAUUGAUUUUAGAGAAAUUCGAGAAAUUUAGCAGCCAUUGA